AUGAAGAUCUUUGGCAUCAUAGCUGUAUCGUCAUUACUACUGCUGGAAACCUGCUCUGCUGGUCUCUGGGGAAGCAACAAAGUCGACCCCAUCGUAGCAGAAGAAAACUUGCCAUUUGCUCCAACAUCCAAAUUCGACUACAAGCUCUCAUUCAAAAAGAACUUUUACUACAAUGGCACUGUUCCAUUCUGGUCAAUGGGCGGUGACGUAUUCAAAUCCGAUGAUUUCAUCCGUUUGUCUCCUUCUGUGCCAAACACAAAGGGCUUCAUCUGGUCUGAAAUCCCAAAUCCUUAUGAAGCCUGGGAGGUAGAGAUUGCAUUCAAGGUGACAGGGAAUAACAUGCACGGUGGACGUGGUUUAGCAUUUUGGUAUACCAAGGACAGAGAGGAAACAGGCCCUGUGUUUGGCUCCAAAGAUCAGUGGGAUGGACUGAGUGUCUGGCUUGAUUCUGCUAAUCCAGUGACGCAUAAGCCAAGCACCAUGGUCUUGUUGAACGAUGGAACCAUGGCAUUUGCUGCUGGCACGGAUCCCACGAAACACAUGCUGGGUUCUUGCUCCAUCAGUUACAGAAACACAGAAUCACCAGCGUACCUCAAGGUGUCUUACAAGGACAAUACACUUAGCGUUUCUAUGGACAAUGGAUCUGGCGCCAAAGAUUACCGUAUUUGUGUUCAAAAGUCAGGCAUCAAACUGCCCACAGGCUAUUACUUUGGCGUAUCUGCUGCGUCACACACACCUGCUGAUGACCAUGACAUUUAUUCUUUCGAGACAAAACAGUUGAAUCCUCCUCAAAAGUUAGAGCACCCAAAGCGUCCAUUGGAAGAGGAAAAGAAGAAGAGAGGAGAGGAGUUUACUGGUAUAGAUGAGGAACAGAAAAAGAAGAUUGAGGAAGCAGAAUUCCAAAUGAGAAAACUCAGAGAUCAGGCAAAUGCUGAUGAUUUCCAGGGAGAAACUGCUGUUAGCUUGGCUGCCAUCUAUGAUACGCAGAGAAGAGCCAUUGAGCACAUUCAAAUUGUGCAGUUACAGAUUGAAGCCUUGGGAGCUCCAAGUCCAGAUGAUGCCAUUACGGGUCAAUAUGAAAAGAUAGAUCUUCGCAGUUUGGCUACGGGCGGCGGUAGUGGAGACAGUGGUAAGGGCAGCAGUAGUAGCAGCAACAUUGAUCUAUCUCGCAUCACAGAUCAAGUGCGAUCUGAAUCAAAAAAGACAGCCGACCAAUUCGACAGAUUAACGCUGGAACAAAAUCGCAAAAUGGAGGAUAUUCAAACAGCCAUCGCAAGAUUGGAGGCGUCCCUAGCUGUACUGGAUAAACGCUUACUUUCUCAAUCCAAUAUGAUGCAAAAAAAGAUGAAUGAAGUCAAUAUCCAUUCAGCAGAGACCAAAGGCACCAUGUCCAGCUUGCUCAAAUACAUAUUCUACGCAUUUGUUGCUCAAUUCCUGUUUGGUAUCGCUGCUUAUCUCUACUGGAAACUGCGUGUAGAACGCAAUGAUAAGAAAUUUGUUUAA